AUGCCCGCACCCGUGGAAAAAGAAGCCCGGUCGCGGGGCCACCAUAUCGAAUUGGUCGACGACAACCCCUCCCCACAUCACGACGGUGAAACCAGUCCGGGGCUUAGGGACAGCAAGGGGUGGGAUGGGAAGUUGCGUGUACCUAAAAGCGCCAUUCUCACAAACCCGGAAGCGCUCUCAGAUCCCGAGUAUUCAGACGAUGACAAUGUCGUACCCGGCGACGAGGUUGCUGCGGAUGAGGACCUUCUCGACGACGAAGACCCAGAGACCGACGAAAUCAUCUGCACCCACUCCCGCAUCAAAUCCAUCUCUGAUCUCCGUCUCGAGCGCUUCACGAAAGUAGCCCGCAUCUGCCUCCGCCAGAACCUGAUCCAAAACAUAGAAGGCGUCUCCGGUAUUGCCUCCACCCUCAACGACCUCGAUCUCUACGACAACCUCAUCUCCCACAUCCGCGGCCUAGACGACCUCAUCAACCUCACAUCCCUCGACCUCUCCUUCAACAAAAUUAAGCACAUCAAGCACAUCUCCCACCUCACCAACCUCACCGACCUAUACUUUGUAGCCAACAAAAUCUCCAAGAUCGAAGGCCUCGAGGGCCUCACGAAGCUGCGCAACCUCGAACUCGGUUCCAACCGCAUCCGAGAGCUCCAGAACCUCGACUCCCUCACCGCCCUCGAAGAGCUCUGGGUAGCCAAGAACAAAAUCACCUCACUCACCGGCCUCUCCGGACUCCCCAACCUCCGCCUCCUUUCCGUCCAAUCCAACCGCAUCCGCGACCUCUCCCCCCUCCGCGACGUCCCGCAGCUCGAAGAGCUCUACAUCUCGCACAACGCGCUCGAAUCCCUCACGGGGCUGGAGCACAACACGCAGCUGCGCGUGAUCGACGUGUCCCACAACCAGAUCGCGUCGCUCGCGGGGCUGGGCCCCCUCGCCGCCCUCGAGGAGCUCUGGGCCAGCUACAACCAGGUCGCCGACUUUGCCGACGUCGAGCGCCACCUCGCCGACAAGCCUGCCCUCUCCACGGUCUACUUCGAGGGCAACCCCCUGCAACUGCGCGGGCCGGCUGUCUAUCGCAAUAAAGUCCGCUUGGCCCUGCCGCAGGUCCGGCAGGUCGAUGCGACCUUUGUGUGGACGUGA